AUGUCUCCCUAUGCCAACUUAAAAGUAUCAGGGAGCCAGAUUAGGCUGUUAACUAUCUUAUCGACCGAGCCAGAGAUAUCUUGUGAGCUAGAAAUCGCUGAGCUCAACAGACACACGAAGUUCAAUGCACUAUCUUAUGUUUGGGGUGAUCCUAAAAUCACAGAGACUAUAUUGGUCAACGGUGAUAAAGUCCCGGUGACAACAAACCUGGCCUCAGCUUUAAAAUACGCUCCUCAUCAUCUUACAGAAUCGAAACACGCAACCGGCAAGAAAUUAUGGGUAGAUUCUAUCUGCAUCAACCAAAAUGACAAAGCUGAGAAGAGCAACCAAGUUGCCAUGAUGGGAAGAAUUUACUCGAAAAGCGGAGCUGUUGUCUGUUGGCUGGGAUUACCUUGUGACCCAUUAUUCGCUGCGAUAGACGCCAUAGAAACUGUGGCUUAUGAGCGAUAUAUCCAUGGAACAUACACAAGAAACGAAGAAAACCAUCAGAACCUCGCGAACUGCAUCGAGCAACUACAAGUCUGUUUAGGGAGCGUCAAGAGAACUGAUGCUAUUAAGCAUCUUCGGGUCGUUGACGAAUCUUCCGUGGAGGUUAGCUUGGUCGGAGAUGCGCGGCUUUAUGCACUUGCAAACGCCCUUCAGCAUGCCACUGUGGUGAUAUACGAUUUGCUGCACGGAUCUUAUGGUACAGAGCUGAGAAUUUGUCACAAGAACCUUGAGGAUACGUUUCGCAAUAUCAGAAAUUGGCAUGACCAGCUCCGACAACGUACCUGCAAACUGGAUGCCAGUUUGGUCAAAAACUCCCAUCACGUGGGUUUUCUCCUAGCCCUUUUAUCUUUCAGAAUGAACAAGUUCCGGAAAAUAGUUGAAGACUAUGUUCUCCAAGCAGUUCUUGAUGAGGGAUGCUGCAAUGUAUUCUGGCUGAAGUAUCAACCGUGGCUCGGCGAAGUCAAAGGAGUUAUAGGUGAGUCCCAUGCGACUCCCGCUCAAGCACUUUUCGAAAUUUCGUACUGGAGCCGCGUAUGGAUACGACAAGAAAUCAUUCUCGCGAAGCACCCCGUUUUUGUUUGCGGGCCUCGAUCAUUUUCAAUCGAAACGUUAGAAUCCUUUUCAGCUUGGCUAGGGUGGAUCCAGGAUCCAUCAAACUACAAAUUAACCAAGAAAGCGGGUCUGAGCAAGUUGGUCAUAUUGGCAUAUUCGCGAAUUUGGAAACUACUUCAUCACAUCCUUGGCAGUCGCCAAGACAAAGGAGGUACAGGCAGUCAUUGGUUAAGAACAAGUGACUCGAAGUUUAACAUCUGGUGGGAAUCGCCAGAUGCCCGUGCGACAAACCCUAAGGAUUAUUAUUACGGGUUUCUCGGUCUUACGGAUCUCAAACUCACACCCGAUUAUAGCCCAAACAAGAGUCUGGGACUUGUCAGCCGUGAUUUCAUGGAUGAAUAUCUCAAAGCUUCUUGUGAUAAGCCCCUGUCCGAUAGACCAUUGGGGGGACCUUUGGGCCUUCUCACAUUUGCUGGAGUUGGAUACGGCUGGGACGCUGACCAAGAUAUGCCAUCAUGGGGACCGAAUUUUCCAGGGCAGGCAUUAGCAAAGCCUUCCCUAAGGGGACAAGCAGAUGCAGUGGUUAGCACAGAUUCAGUGGGGCUUGGAAGCGUCUUCGAAGUAGCAUCCGACGCAAAGAUAACCGGUCCCGAUAUGGAGGUUUCAGUGAUUAUUCUGGAUUAUAUCGAAAAUAUAGGCCCGAGGGUCUCCGACUACGGUAAAACCGAGCUACUUCAUCCAGAAGGCUUGCCAAUUACUUGGGCCUUUGACUUCGCACUACGCCAAAGGAGUUAUGUGUCAGGAGGCCACCCUCUGACCGCUUUGCACACUCUUCUCGAGCCAUCUGCUGAGCGUGAAAAUACGCUAGCUGAUAUGGCCAUUGAAAACUCUUUGGAAUUUUUCAAAUUCUUGGCUCGUUUCGGCCGUAUACUUCCUGAGAGCAAGUUACCUCGUAAAGUGGCUUGGGCACGUCUAUGCUUCAUGCGGGACUAUUUCGCACAGGUUCCAGUGAGUAACUCCCCCCUACCUUCUACUAUUACUUACUUCCCAAGGAUCCUAUCGACGAUGUAG